GAUGCCCUGCACCAUAGUGCUUGGCCUAGGAAAGAAGCAAAGGAAAUACGAGGUGAACAGAACGGCUCACCAUCAGAGUUCCUGUCAGCACUGUGAUUCCGCUACGUGUCAACUCCAAGCGCAUGGAACAAAGGACCAGACUUCACUGUUUGUUGAUUUUAUCUCUAUUCAUUGGAUUCAUACUUAAACUAUCAACUGCAGAUGGGGAUUUAACGUUGUUAUCCAGAGGGAAAGCCAAACAAGAACAAAUUGAAGAUAAGGUUUUCUGGAUUACGGGCGCAAGCCGUGGAAUUGGGGAGAUUCUGUGCAAACAACUUGCUAGUUUAGGAGCCAAGCUCAUAAUUUCUGCACGAAAUGAAGCUGAACUGGAAAGAGUCAAAUCACAGCUUGUUGGUAAACAUGCACCAGAAGGAGUUAAGGUUUUACCUUUGGAUUUGACAGCUGGUGAAGAGUCUCUAAAAGAAACCGUAAUGACAGCAGAAUCAUAUUAUCCGGCUAAUGGUGUUGAUUAUAUGAUCCAUAAUGCAGCGUAUGAACGACCAAAAACAUCUGCUUUGGACGUGACUGAGGAAAGUCUUAAGGCUACUCUUGAUGUGAAUGUUGUGGGGACAAUAACUCUCACUCAGCUCUUAGCACCUCUUAUGGUGGAAAGAGGAAAAGGUCAUUUUGUAGUGAUGAGCAGUGCUGCUGGAAAGACACCUGCACCAGGUCAGGCUAUUUAUUCUGCCUCAAAAUAUGCUUUAAAUGGAUAUUUCCAUACAUUGCGUUCUGAGCUCUGUCAAAAAGGUAUAAAAGUAACGGUCGUCUGUCCUGGACCUAUAGAUACAUCAAAUGGUACUGGAGCAGGCACUUCUGCUCAAAAGGGCUCUUUUGGGAAGCGGGUCUCAUCAGAAAGGUGUGCCGAGCUAACAAUUAUUGCAGCAACACAUGGAUUGAAGGAAGCUUGGAUAUCUGACCAUCCCGUGCUUGCCAUUAUGUACUUGGUGCAAUACAUGCCAGCAAUUGGCUAUUGGAUCAUGGACAAGGUCGGUGGAAAUCGAGUACGCGCUGCAGCAGAGAAGGGCAAUACAUACUCAUGGAACCUGCUUUUUGGCCAGAAUAAGAAAAAGGCAGCUUAAAAGUUGUGGAUCCUAGGUCAUGCAUGUUAUAUUUUGCCUCUUUUUCAUCAAUUCCAGUGCAAACUAAUGAUUAUGCUCUUUACACGUGAUUAUCUUGCCUUUUUUCGAAGGACAUCACGACUAAACUGGUGAUGCUGAUUCUGGUGUACUUGUGUUCAUCUUUCUUCCCCGGAUUCCCUUCUAAUAUUGUCUCCAUUCUUUCUUUGCUCUUGUUUGUUGAUGUUCUGGAACAAAAGGUUACUUAGAUUCCCAUUACAGAAAAUAAUGAACAUCAAGCAACAGCUCUCUUUCAUAUGUAUUUUCAUACAUUGAUCCUCUUAACUUCUAAACCCAAGAGGGUAAAUAAUGGGUGAAGCAUUUAGAAUGUUCUUUUUUUGUUUGCAAGUUACAACUGUAAAGUGUUAUAACUUUUUUUUUUACUGGGAGUAUCCGUUAAUCUGUGGAUUGAUAGCCGGAAAUUUCCAACUCAAACUGUCUAGAAAUGUUAAUGUAAUUGACAGUUUCAGUUGAUGUUAAUCUAAUAGACAGUUUUA